CCACUUCGAGGCCUCUCUAUAUCCCUCCGCAGAUGGGGCUAUACGCGGAGAAACACCAACUUUACCAAUUGAUGCAGGGCAUGCUGGAAGGACUGCUUAUUCACAAGCCAGAUGAGCCUGUAGAAUUCUUGAUAAAGCAGCUAAAGCUAGACAAUUACGGCGUUCCAAGGAUCCUUAUACUUGGUCCUCCAGCCUCUGGAAAAACGACUAUUGCCAUGUGGCUUUGCAAACAAUUGGUGAUCCCUCGGAUCUCUCAAGAGACUUUGUUAACCACUGAAUGGUCAGCCUUGGCAGCCAAAGCGCAGGAGUACCGAGAGAGCCAACAGGAAAUUCCUGAUGCGCUGUGGGCAGAACUGAUUGAGGAACGCCUGAAGGUCGAGGACUGUCUUCACACUGGCUGGGUUAUGGAAGGCAUCCCUGAGACCCGAGAACUGACACGGCUCUUGCAGGCAAUGGGCAUCAUUCCCAGGCACGUUGUCGUGCUUCACGCUCCCGACAUGGUGCUGAUUGAGAGGAACCUUGGGAAACGCGUGGACGUUGUUACUGGAGAGGUAUACCAUACGACGUUCGACUGGCCAUCCGACGAGUCUGUGUGCCUGAAUUUGGAGGUGCCUCCAGACAUCUCUGAAGUGGCGACAUCGAGGAGGCUGCUGAAAUACCACCAAAAUUACCCUGGAAUUCUCCAGUCCUUUGGGAAAGUCAUGAAACUGGUCAACGCUGACCAGCCAUGUGCAGAUGUCUUCUCACAAGUUCUGACCCAUGUCCAAUUUCCGCCUUGGACACCUGCUCCAUUUUCACCUCGUAUUCUCCUCUGUGGUCCCCCCGGCUCUGGGAAAAGUCUGCAGGCAGCGUUACUGGUGCAGAAAUAUGGAGUCAUCAAUGUUUGCUGCGGGCAACUGCUAAAGGAAGCUGUAGCCGACGAGACAAAACUCGGGGAACUCAUUAAGCCAUACUUCGACAAUGGAAGGCCAGUUGCUGACAACAUUGUCAUGAAGCUGCUGUCGCAGCGGCUGAACCAGCUCGACUGCCACAUCCGGGGCUGGGUGCUGCAUGGGUUCCCGAGGGACCAGGAUCAGGCCAAGCUGAUGAGGCAGGCAGAGAUUCACCCAAACAGGGUGUUUUUCCUGAAUGUCACAACUCAAACCAUUUUGGAGCGUCUGUGUUACCGUACGCUGGACCCAGUCACUGGGGAAAGGUAUCACACCCUGUACAAACCAUCUGCCUUGAAAGAAACAAAUGACCGCCUCCUGAUGCACCCAAGGGACGUUGAAGAGACGGUGAUGCUCAAGGUGGAAGCCUACUUCCGGCUUUCCAGUAGCCUGGAGAGCUUCUUCGAAGAGGCUUUUUUCAUCAAUGGCGAUCAAGAUCCCCAGACGGUCUUUGAGUACAUAGAGAGCUAUAUCGUCAAUCCACUGCCAACCAAGUAUUAAGGAUUCUGAGUAUACGGUAACUUGGCCCCAGUGGUUGGAGGUCUAAGCAAACACUAAAUCUAAGAUGGGCUGGCAGUCUGUUCUUGUUCCCUCCUAGGCAAUAGGUUGGUUUUUCUUUAAGUCUUCCCCCUGCCCAAAGCAUAUUGUAAACUAUAAAGAGGGCAAUAAAACUCAAGCAGGCCCUUCAAAAAACCCUAGAAGGACCCUCCCUAAACCAAGGAGCAGUGGGGAGCUGUCAGCUUAUACAUUCUGGGAGUUAGAGCUGAGACUGUCUAGAGAGAAGCAGCUUCUGGUGAGUCUGAUUUCAUUUAUCCCAUUGAUUGUCACAACAGAAAUGAAAAGUUUUGUCCCAGCAAUCCCAAGUAGAUCAGUGACCGAGGGAAGGGAGGGAAAUAUUUCCCUCUGUUUGAUCCUCUCCCAUCUUGGUGAUUAUCCAGGGUACAAUGUAAUUCUGAUCACCCCACGAUUUAACUGUUACCGCUUGGUUUGAUUAGUGUGAAUGAUUAAAAAGAGUUUCACUGCAA